AUGUCGAACCCUGCGAGCCCCGUACACUCUCCCGCGGCGGCGGAGAAUCCCAGCGUCUCGGCGCAGACCCCGGAGAACCACUCGCCGGCGGCGAAGUCUCCGCGGAGCGAGAAGGAUUUGUCUCGUGUGGCCUCCGUGGACUUGUGUCCCGAACGCGCCUUUACCUCGCUGAUGACCUUCGACGCGUCGGGAAACCCCACACUCGUGCCGCUGCGCGAGGCAGACCGCGACAAACUCAAGUUCUCGGAACUCGCCCCCGAGGUCACCGGCUCCACUGCUGCCGCCUGGGCUGAGGAGGACGACAUCCCCUCUGAAGGCGAACUCGACAUGGAACAAGAGACUGGCUCCUUCACGUGUGCGCCAUGCGGCUGCACACGCACCCCGAAGCCUGUUGUCGAGGAGGAGGAGGAGGCUGAGAAGGUCGACGAGGCGUUGCUGGAGCCCCGCGUCUUGGGAGAGAACGAAGAAGUCAUCGAGGAGCAUAUCGUGUCCUUCUACACGAUGCCCUCGCGCACGUGUGUGACGUUGGGAGAGCCGAAGGAGCUGUCCUGCCCGCAGCCGCUGAGCAGCUACUUGCCCGCGUCGCCCUUCUGCACCCGAGACGGCCGCGUCGCCGUCGACGUCUAUGCAGUGAAAGCCGACAUGACCCGCCCGUGUGCCGUGGAAGAGAUCCCCGAGUACUCCGUCGUCCCGCAGAUGUACAAGCGCCGCGACACUCUCGCGCGCAGCAUGCACGAGCCACGGUCGAUCGAUCUCUUCUAA